AUGUCAAUUCAUUCCAUCAAGAAACAUCAAUGUCAUCUGGCUUGGGACAAUAGUAUACCACCAGUCCUCCGAGUCUCAUCCGGAGAGACCAUCCACUUUGAUUGCCUCGACGCUUCCAAUGGUCAACUUGACGCGAACUCGACCACCACCACGCUGGCAUCUAUGGUCUUCUCCCAGCUAGACCAAGUCAACGGGCCUAUUUAUGUGGAAGGCGCGAAAUCCGGUGACGUGCUACAAGUCGAAGUCAUCGAUGUGAAGGCUGCCGACUGGGGCUGGACUGCCAUCUUGCCUGGCUUUGGCUUGCUUGCGGACGAGUACACAACGGCCGAGCUGAAGAUAUGGAAGCUCGAGAAGGACGAUUUCGGCGCGCGCUUUGCCUGGUUUGACGAAGCUAAGGGGAUUAAGAUCCCUCUAAAUCCCUUCGCAGGCGAGAUGGGCGUAGCUCCCGGCAAAAACGGUUCAUUCUCCACGAUACCGCCGUACAACACCGGAGGCAACCUUGAUACGCGCCAUCUGACUAAAGGCGCAACCCUAUACCUGCCCGUCGAGGUUGAAGGCGCGCUAUUCUCCAUCGGGGAUGGUCACGCAGCUCAGGGAGAUGGAGAGGUUGGCGGCACGGCGAUCGAAACGCCGAUGAAGGUGACGGUGCGCCUGACAGUCAUCAAGGACCGGCCCUACGUCAAAACGCCGCACUUCACCACCUCCAUCACGGGCCAGGACUACUAUACCACUACCGGCAUCGAAUCUGACAUCCGUGAAGCGGCACGCGCCGCCGUGCGGCACAUGAUUGAGUUCUUGGCUGCGGAGUAUGGUGUCACCCCUGAGCAGGCAUACAUGUUAUGUAGCGUCGCGGGCGAUCUGAGGCUACACGAGGUGGUGGACAUGCCUAAUUAUGUGGUACGUUGA